UAUAAUAAUAGGUAAAUAAAACCCUAACAAACCUUCCUCGUUCCUAUCGCAAUAAAAAGAUCAAAAACCCUCGUCAACCUUUUCACCUUGAUCUGAUCUCUCUCUCUCUCUCUCGAUCUCUGUCUCUUGAUCUCUUCCUCUCAUGGCUACCAUUUCUAAACUUUCAAAUCCAACUCCUACCUACUCCUCGACUUCCUUCAACCCCAAACCUUUUCAGCCUAAAUGUUUAAUCAACUUCAACACCAAACCCACUUUUGAUUCGAGAGUUUCAUCAUCUAGGUUAUCGAUACGCACUAACCAUGCUUCAAAUGCCUCCUUGGUUGUCAGAUGUUCCCAACUUGAUGGAAAUGGAAGCCAAAUCAAGAAGACAGUUCUACAUGAUCUUUAUGAGAAGGGAGGACAGAGUCCAUGGUAUGAUAACCUCUGCCGUCCUGUUACGGAUCUGCUUCCAUUGAUUGCAAAUGGUGUCAGAGGUGUAACCAGCAACCCAGCGAUAUUCCAGAAAGCCAUAUCAACUUCAAAUGCUUAUAAUGAGCAAUUCAGGGAACUUGUGCAAGCAGGAAAAGACAUUGAAAGUGCAUACUGGGAACUUGUGGUGAAGGACAUUCAAGAUGCAUGCAAACUUUUUGUGCCAAUCUAUGAUCAGACAGAUGGAGGUGAUGGUUAUAUUUCUGUUGAAGUUUCUCCUAGACUUGCUGAUGAUACUAAAGGGACUGUAGAGGCUGCAAAAUGGCUUCAUAAGGUGGUUGACCGCUCCAAUGUCUACAUAAAGAUUCCCGCUACAGCUGCAUGUAUCCCUUCAAUCAAGGAAGUUAUUUCACUUGGCAUAAGCGUCAACGUAACUCUCAUAUUCUCACUUUCUAGAUAUGAAGCAGUCAUGGAUGCUUACUUGGACGGUCUUGAGGCUUCUGGGCUAGGUGACCUCUCUAGAGUUACUAGUGUUGCUUCCUUCUUUGUUAGUCGGGUAGACACCCUGGUCGACAAGAUGCUUGAGAAGAUUGGAACACCCGAAGCCCUUGAUCUCCGUGGAAAGGCUGCAAAUGCUCAAGCAGCUCUGGCAUACCAACUUUACCAGAAGAAAUUUUCUGGUCCAAGAUGGGAGGCUCUGGUCAAGAAAGGUGCCAAAAAGCAGAGGCUAUUGUGGGCAUCAACCAGCGUCAAGAAUCCAGCGUACGCUGAUACACUAUACGUUGCUCCUCUCAUUGGACCUGACACGGUUUCAACCAUGCCAGACCAAGCUCUCCAAGCAUUCCUUGACCAUGGUGCUGUCUCAAGGACAAUCGACUCGAAUGUAUCCGAAGCUGAAGGCAUCUAUAGUGCUCUAGAGAAGUUGGGGAUCGACUGGGGUUACGUUGGCACUCAGCUCGAACUCGAGGGAGUGGAUUCUUUCAAGAAGAGCUUCGACAGCCUGCUCGAUAGCCUGCAAGAGAAGGCAAACUCUCUUAAACUUGUUAGCCUGUAAGCUUUGUUGCUUCUUUUGGUUAUUGCCAUGGUGACUCAAUAAAGUGAGUGGGAUUACUUUCCUGCUUGUAAAGGUUGUUGAUGAGUGUCUUUAUAUUAAGAUGAUGACAAUGUAUAAUUAAUGGGUUUUCGUUGGCUUCUAUGUAAGUGGAUAAUUCUAUUUA